UCGACGCGCGAAACCAAAGCAUGCCAAUGCCCCCUUCCUCCCCCCCACGACCGCAAUGCCGCCGCAAGCUCCGUCGUCAUCGGCGGCGACGACGCCUCCUGCAGGGACGAGCCGGGCAUCGGCUUUCACGAUGCGCGCGGUGGCGCGCAUGUCGAGGGCGCGGUGGUUCAUCUUCCUGCGGCGGGUGUACCAGUACCAGAACGGCCCGCGGUCCGACCUGGGCUCCAACCCCUUCAACUCGCCCGGCUGGCUCGCCCUCGAGCUCGGCGUGAUCGUCGCGCAGAUGCUCAUCACCACCGUCGUCGUGGUUUCCUCCCCCAAGGAGCGCCCCGCGUGGCCGCUCAGGCUCUGGGUCGCCGCCUACAACGUCGGCAACGUUCUCAGCCUUCCCCUCCUCUUCUGGCGCCACCGGCAUUCCUCAGCCGCCGGCCGCGGCGACGACCCCGAGAUGCACGGCGCCAGUGACGCUCUAAGGAACAGCUCGUAUCUGAUGAACAAGGCCAGGGCGUUCCUGGAGCUCUUCUUCGCGAUGUGGUUCGUCAUGGGCAACGUGUGGGUGUUCGACGCGCGGCUCGGGUCGUUCCACCGCGCGCCCAGGCUGUACGCGCUCUGCAUCGGCCUGCUCUCCUGGAACGCCAUCGUCUACUCGCUCCCCUUCCUCCUCUUCCUCCUGCUCUGCUGCUUCGUCCCGGUCGUCGGCUACGCCCUCGGCUACAACAUGAACUCGGCCUCCAUCGGCCGGGGCGCCUCCGACGAGCAGCUGGCCGCGCUGCCGCGGUGGCGUUUCAAGGAGCCCGACGUGCCCAGAGACCGCGAGCACGACGAUCAAGAAUGCUGCAUAUGCCUGGCGCAGUACAGGGAGAAGGAGGAGAUGAGGCAGCUGCCGUGCACACACAUGUUCCACCUGAAAUGUGUGGACAGGUGGCUGAGGAUCAUCUCCUCUUGCCCUCUCUGCAAGCAAGAGCUCGGCUGAUCGAUCCCUGCGCGCAUAUAUACGGCUCGGCGUAAUGGUGAUCGAUCCUGCAGUGGAGCUUGCAUUCUAAGCCAGGGAUGCGUCCGAUCGGAUGGCGCGGCGCGGUCGGAUGCAUGCACCACACCUCACUGAAACUCUUUCGCCAACCCUCUACUAACCUUAGACGCUGACAAGCGAUGGAUGCACUUCAGUUGCAGCGGGAGAUAGGUUAACCGGUUUAGGCAGGCGGGAAAUGUGUACAAGAAAUCCUCCUUCUCCUCUUUGUGAUUUUUAAUUUGCUCUGCACGCAUAUAGUUUUUGAGUAGUAAUUGAUGGGCAGAUGGCCUAUCGUCGCUCACCUUUCGGCUCAUGGUGCGAUGUCAACAUAGAAUUGUUACACCCCGUUCGGGCGUAAUGAAUUGGACACUGAAUUGGGGAAAAUAGUUGAACUGCACGCGUUUAGAUGCUA